AUGGAGGUUCAGGGAGGGGCGGAUCGCAUCUCGGUGAGUGACCGGGGAGGCUGGGGCUAUGACGAUGAGGAUGGUGGAAGAGCUAUCCUCUUUGCAAUGCCCGAUAUUGGCGUGCGCUGCGCGUCAUUGCUGUGCUGCCCGAUGUCUUCCCCAGCGUUUCUUGCGGAGGAGGGGACAGAGACGACAGAUGGGAACCCAAUUUUGGGCGGAGUGCAUUCUUUGGCGUAG